UUGGGCGUCCGUUUCACGUCGUCAGUUCUCAACAAACAAAUCGUUUGUAAUAACAUUUAUUAUUCAUCUUGGGAUCAGUUGGUCCACGGGACUCGAGAGUAGGUCUACUUCUAACUAUGGUCUCCUGGUGUGACAUUUGGGCAGCUGAGGUGCUCAUCAACUUUCCCAUCAUCCUUCAGAAGUAAGGAGCUCCGGAUGAGCGAAGGGUUAACAGAGGCGCUGCAUAGCUGGAGUCAUCCGGCAGAGCGCACAGCGGACAGGAGGAGGACAAGACACAGAACACCUCAAAGAACAGAUCCGCUGUUCUCAUCUGAUCGCCACUGUGUUCCGUCUUUCCAAACAUAAAUGCUGACAUUUUAGAAGAGGAAGGGCGAGGAGAAACAAACCCCCUCCCCGGCCUCCAUCUCUCGAACAAUGUCUGUCGCGUCUCAGGAGCGCGUUGUAGUGCAGGAUGACAGGUCUUCUGUGUGAGACCGCGGGUGGAAACAUCACCUGACUGGCAGCCCUACCCCUCGGGAGGGGGAGGGGGUACAGAAAAGGACGCGGCUCUCUUCAACCUUAGAAAGUAGGGGCUGGAAACGGCCCGGAUUCAACGUGCGUACACAGCGAUCCUCGUUCCCAGAACUCUGCGCACUGCCUCCGCCGUAUUGCGACAACUUGGGAAAACUUUGACCCGCCGGAUUACCGCCACCAUCCUGUCCGCGUCACGUAUCCACGCACAGGGAGCGCAGUGAGCUUCGUGCUGCGGGUAGUGAAGGACACAGCCUCGCUGCAAAUACAGUUAAAACUCCUUCAAACUCUCGGGGGGUGGUGGGGCAGACGCUCCGAAAAUGCCGGUCCGGAGGGGCCACGUGGCUCCGCAGAACACCUUCUUGGACACCAUCAUCAGGAAAUUCGACAGUCUGAGUCGCAAGUUUGUCAUCGCCAAUGCAAGAGUGGAGAACUGUGCCAUCAUCUUCUGCAAUGACGGCUUCUGCCACAUGUGCGGUUACUCGCGUGCCGAGGUCAUGCAGAAGCCGUGCACGUGUAACUUCCUGUACGGACCUGACACCAAGCGGCUGGCCAUCGCCCAGAUGGCUCAGGCCCUGCUGGGAUCGGAGGAGAGGAAAGUGGAGAUAAACCUUUACCGCAAAGAUGGUCAGUGCUUCCCUUGUAUGGUGGACGUGGUGCCUGUGAAGAAUGAAGAUGGCAUGGUCAUAAUGUUCAUCCUCAACUUCGAGGGCAUGACAGAGGAAGUACUCCUAGACCACAAACAGGAGCUCAACCACCGCCUACCCACCUGGCUCGUCACCGGUCGUCCACGAGGCUUCAAGCUGCGUCUUCCCCUGCUGCGCUCGUUGUCCAACAGCAAAGUGUCUCUGGACGACACAGAGGGGGCUCACGUCCCUACUGCUACACCUGUGCUGCACCCAGAACACCACUUAGGCCUCGGGGAGUUCCUGCCUCUUCCCUCUUUACAGCUAGAGCAAAUCGUUGGCAGCAGGUCAGCCCUACAGAGUUGGCCAGAAGACCAACAGGAAGACCAGUGCACCUUACUGGGCCCUGACCCUCCUGCACCCAGUCCUUCUCCUCCUCCACACAGAGCCCACCGGGUGGAUGCGCUGACCCAGUCCUCCCCCUGUGUGGCACCUCACCACCGCCUCAGCCUGAACCCGGACGGCUCGGGCUCCAACUGCUCCCUGUCGUGUAGCCGCUCGCACGAGAGCUUCCACAGCAUGCGUCGCGCCUCCUCUGUGGACGAGAUCGAGGCCCUGAGGCCCGACUGGGACCGCAAGAACUGCAGAGGGAGUGUCCGGCCGGGCGCGGUUAACAGCAAAGCGAACAUAUUGAACUCCACGUCGGACUCGGACCUCAUGCGGUACCGCACCAUUUCCAAAAUCCCUCACAUCACCCUCAACUUUGUGGAUUUCAAACCGGACCCACUCAUUGCCCUGCCCAGCGGGGAGAUGGACAUCAUAGCUCCCUGCAAACUCAUCGACCGGACACACCACGUCACAGAGAAAGUCACUCAGGUGCUGUCUCUGGGUGCAGAUGUGCUGCCAGAAUACAAGCUCCAGGCCCCACGCAUUCACAAGUGGACAGUGUUGCACUAUAGCCCCUUCAAGGCGGUGUGGGACUGGCUCAUUCUGCUGCUGGUCAUCUACACCGCCAUCCUGACUCCCUACUCUGCCGCAUUCCUCCUCAACGACCAGGAAGAGGCAGCCAUGCAGAGUUGUGGUUACUCCUGCUCUCCUCUCAAUGUGGUGGACCUCAUAGUGGAUAUCAUGUUCAUUAUUGACAUCCUCAUUAACUUCAGAACAACAUAUGUGAACACUAACGACGAGGUGGUAAGCCACCCGGUGCGGAUCGCUGUGCAUUACUUCAAGGGCUGGUUCCUCAUCGACAUGGUGGCUGCUAUUCCCUUUGACCUGCUCAUUUACCGCAGCGGGGAGGAGACCACCACUCUAAUUGGUCUGUUGAAGACGGCUCGUCUCCUGCGACUAGUGCGCGUGGCCAGGAAGCUGGACCGCUACUCGGAGUACGGGGCAGCUGUCCUCUUCCUCCUCAUGUGCACCUUCGCCCUCAUCGCUCACUGGCUGGCCUGCAUCUGGUAUGCGAUCGGUAGCGUUGAGAGGAACGGUUCUAUCGGCUGGCUCCACACGCUGGGGGACCAGUUGGGAAAGACCUACAACAGCUCCAUCCUAGGUUCGGGACCCUCCAUCAAAGACAAGUACGUCACAGCCCUGUACUUCACCUUCAGCAGCCUGACUAGCGUGGGUUUUGGAAACGUGUCCCCUAACACCAACUCUGAGAAGAUCUUUUCCAUCUGCGUCAUGCUCAUCGGAUCCCUGAUGUACGCCAGCAUCUUUGGAAAUGUGUCAGCUAUCAUCCAGCGGCUGUACUCGGGCACGGCCCGUUAUCACACCCAGAUGCUGAGGGUGCGGGAGUUCAUCCGCUUUCACCAGAUCCCCAACCCGCUCAGGCAGAGGCUGGAGGAGUACUUCCAGCACGCCUGGUCCUACACCAACGGCAUCGACAUGAACGCUGUGCUGAAAGGUUUCCCCGAGUGUCUGCAGGCAGAUAUCUGCCUCCACCUUAACCGGACAUUGCUGCAGAACUGUAAGGCCUUCAAAGGCUCUACCAAGGGCUGCCUCAGGGCGCUGGCCAUGAAGUUUAAGACCACCCACGCACCGCCAGGGGACACGCUGGUCCACGCUGGGGACGUCCUCACGGCCCUCUACUUCAUAUCCAGGGGGUCCAUAGAGAUACUGAGAGGAGAUGUGGUGGUAGCCAUCUUGGGUAAGAAUGACAUCUUUGGCGAGCCCAUCAACCUGUACACCCGCCCGGGUAAAUCCAACGCUGAUGUGAGGGCACUGACUUACUGCGAUCUGCACAAGAUCUUCAGAGAGGACGUUUUGGAGGUGCUGGACAUGUAUCCAGAGUUUGCGGACCACUUCUGGAACAAUCUGGAAAUAACCUUCAACCUCCGAGAUACCAACAUGAUCCCUGGCUCCCCGAGCAGCGAUGACUCCAACUGUGGGGGGUUCAAUAAGUUACGCAGACGCAAGUUAUCGUUCCGAAGACGUACAGAGAAAGAUGAGGCAGACGCCGGAGAAAUCAAAAAGUCCCAUAAGUCCGUCAGGAGGAGACAGAGGGAGGCCCUGGGCAACCAAAGCCGGGAUGGGGCUCCCAAGCGGCAGUGGCAGGCACAUCGAAGCUCGCUGUCUUCUCACUCCAGCAUCGACGAGGGGGCAGAGUCAACCGGGACCAGACUCGCUCCUCCGCCGGCAGUACUGGAGAGUCAGCAUGCUCAGGCCACGUUCAGAAGCUUCAGCGAGAACACAGAGACCGACCGAGACCCCCAGAACGGGAACACCUGCAACGCUCUGUCAGGUGCAUUCUCGGGCGUAUCCCACAUCUUCAGUUUCUGGGGGGAGAGUCGGGGGGGCGGUCAGUACCAGGAGGUUCCAAGCUGCAGCCUGACCUCCCCCCCGACUCUCAGCAAGCCGCUGCACAGCUUAAGCCGCCGGCAGCGCAGCCAGCUGGACUCACGCCUGGACCUGCUGCAGAAACAGCUCAACAGGCUGGAGAGUCGAAUGUCGACGGAUGUCGGAGCCAUCAUGCAGCUGCUGCAGAGACAGAUGGCCCUGGUUCCUCCCGCAUACAGCGCCGUCUCAUCGCCGCCAGAGGUCUCACCUUCCCCUGGUCCCGGCCCGGGAGCAGAUCCACGAGAGACACCCAUCGAGCCUGUGACACCUCUGGACACAGACACCCUGGCCUCCCUCUCGCAGAUCUUGGAUUCACACUACGUCAAGACGCUCCUGCAACCCCAGGACACCUCGCUGAUCAGCCCCAACCAGUGCCAGCCGCCCCCCCCUGGACUGGACGAGCUGGAGUUGGAGCCUGAUCCAACCCAAAGGAGUUUGUCAUUCCAAGAACCACAAACCUCUUUGGACUCAUGGACACCACAGCGACACGCCUCUGACCCAGGGGGGAGCUAAGAAAGAGGGGAAAGUGGGGUGGUGGGGUGAAUGGAAGGAGGGAUACAGAGUUUCCACUGUUCCACUGCAACUACAGCACCAACCACCAGAACCCUUUAGGGCGCCCAGCCACUAGACCGUCACUGCUGAUAUUUAACCUCUGACCUUCCGAGAUUGGACACUCUGGGUGGUUGAGGUCCUUCUUUCUCUCCAGUAAGUCCCCCCCUGGAACUUUCUGAACUCCAAAGUGGGGUACCUUAAACCAAAACUACAAAGGGAGCUCUCUGCUGCUCUAUGAACAUAGUCUGCCUCUCUGUGGACCUGCUGAGGGAUGACACAUAACCUAAACGGAGGUCCUGUAGGACGAUCCCUUAACUGCGGUGUCCAAUUACCACCAAUGCCGAAAACAAUUAGCCAUUGAGGUUUGCACUGAAACUGUUGAGGUCCUGAUUAUCCUGUCCCGUAUGUCCGUGGCGCUUCCGUAAAACUCAAACGCAAACCGUGAAUUGUAGUGUUAGCUGGCCUAACAGGACCCAUUAUCCCGUUCUAUCACCCCCCUACCCCCCCCACCCCCCCUCAUGUCCAAAAGAGCACACUGGUAAUUGGUUUGCACCUCAGGGGUGGGAACUGGAUUGUUAAAAGCCAUGAUUUUGUCUGGGUGAACAUAUCAGCCCGAACACAAACUUUGUCCAGAUUUGCUGAGAACAUGUAGCGCAGUGUAACAGGUAAACUGGCAAACCUACGAGUCCCCCAUGAGGACAGCGCACCAAAAACAGCAAACUAUUUUUACUCAAACAAGCAGGAAAUUCAGAUUUAUUUAAACCAUAAGCUAUGACCUGCUAGAUAAACGGCAAACUUAUGACCAGGGAUGACAUGACGUUGACUUGCUUUCAUUUAAAAAAAAUCUAAGCACAUACAUGAAGGAAAAGUGAUUGAAUCGAUUUCAUUACAACUGAAUUUGCUACCUCAGAUUUCAUCGCUCCUUACCUUUUCUCCACCUUAGCAAGUGCCCAGAAGGCUUUCUUGUACAUGAGCCGGUUUGGUUUGGUAAUUCUGUAAAUACAACAAGUUUGCUAGUUUACAAUGACUCGCCGAAUGAGCCAUCAUUCUACAUGCAGUGCAAUAUGCAAUUGUCAGGAAGAGACGAGUAAGUGUGCUAUAGUUUCGUUAUCUGUAUACGCGCUAAAUUUCGAGUUUUUUCCUGUUUUUUUUCAGACUUGUGUAGACUGCGUUGCUUCCUCACUCUGUACAAAGUCACUGGAUUCUGAAGUGGACUACACAUUUCGACUGGUUUUAGGAUUUUAAAAGGGCGGUCACAAGAUUGUUUUCACUCUAGUCAGCACAAAUAAAACACAUAGGUCACCCAAGAAUCUCUCAACGCUCCAGAAGACAUUACCUCUCAUCGCCUCCCAUUUCAAAGCACUCAGAUGUUUAUCUGACCCCUAUCAUCGAAUCAUUUUUGCUGGCCGACAACACACAUCGUCAAGGAGUGAAGAUGCAGCAUAUACAAAUAAGAUGCACCAAUCCUUUUGCAAUUAAAGAUAACAGCAGCGUAGUCCUUGGUGUUAAGAUCGAUUCAAGUCUGAUCAUUUAUACCUCUUUGGUUUAGGGAUCCAAAUAUUUUAUGACUACUAUGGAAGGUUGUGCCUCGUGGAUGUGGCGCAACACGUUGGUAGGCGCCGGAUAAAUCCAGCAACCGAAUGACGAGAUUAGGAUGAAUGGUCUGAUCUCAGUGAGUGAUGAAGGCAGGCUCCUUUUUAAUGAAGCAGUUUGAAGACAAAUGUGUUCUUAAUACAUACAAUACAACAAUUUCUGUAUAUCAAUCAAAGUCACCGUAAGUUUUUAUGAAUUACCGGGGCUGGGUGAGACGGGUUAGUCCAGGACAGGCAGCAUCGGCACCGAGGCAUCAGUCAAAAAGAAAGUGCUGGGAGGGCUGGCGUGAAUGAGUGACUGCUAUAAAUAUAUAUAUAUAUAUAUAUAUAUAUAUGUAUAUAUAUAUAUAUGUAUGUAUAUAUAUAUGGAAUAUAUAGCAAUGCCAUUUUUGAUGGCGUUGAUGGAAAUUAACAUUGUGCAGAAGUUCUGCUGUUAAGACAGUCUAAGGGCGGAGUUUGGAGGUUACCCAGAUAAAUCAGGGUCGACGGCAGUGCACAAAAUGACUAAGAGCAGGUGCAAAAGGAACCCUUCUAGUAUAAACUAUGACAUCUUUGAAUUGUCUUCCCUAGUCCUGACAGAAGAGAGGAGCCUGUUGAAGUAGUGCAAUAGUCCUUUAAACAGUUAAGAAUUGUAGCAGCUUAACUGCAACCUGCUACCUUUGCACACCUUAUCCCCUAAACAGUGCAGAUACUAAAUGAAGACUCAGGAACCUGUCAGUGAUGUUAGAGGGGUCCUUUUCCUCUGUCUCACAACUCCAAACCAACUAAUCAGAAGGCGGGAGACUCCAGCUUGUGCCUUCCUGUAACACUCAAUUGAGAAGAUUGUUUCUGGCCGCUCGCUGGUCCAAGGUGUUUUUGUUUAUUGUUGUAGGAUCGUUUCUCUGAUGUUUUAUCACUUUGUCUUGGGUCAAUGAGAAGGCUGUCUGUGUAAACCUGUUUCUCUCUGCUCUCAAUAGUUAUUGUUUUAUUUAAUUAAUUAAUUAUUCUAUACUGAAGGUUAUAUGCACACAGAGCCACGUCCGACGCACAUUGUGCAGCUUGCUCCAACUGUUUUCACGCUCUGUAACUUUAGCUUGCAACCAAAGCAAGCGGCCGCCAACGCCUUUUUAAACUUGCAUGUAAAAGUGCUUAUAAUGACUAAAGAUAUUACAGUUCAGCUGAGGAUAUUAGUAAAGUUACUAUACAUUUUGGAGGUGGCCAACUAGAUUGCCUUUAAGUUAAGUUAACAGUUUAAAAAAAACAAGGAAUAGUAGUCCUGUCAGACAAACUGUGAUUCAACAUGUUAUUAUUGAUAUUGUUGAACCACAGUUGGUGCAAAGUAGCUGUAACUUCCCCACCUUCCCUCCUCCUCUCCCCUUUUUCCAGUAGUGUGUUAAAAUGUAGGCGAAUGCAUAGUGGCUGUCCAAAUGCUUGAUAAGCCACUGACCUCUUCUCACUAUUGAAACCCCGGUCGGCUGCUUGUUGUGGUUCACACAACGCUAACAGAACCAUAACCAAACCAUCUGACCUCACAUUUACAGUAUGUAACAAGUGGAUCUGCAGUUCCAUCCAUUUAACAGAGAAUCUUCUUCUUAUACUGCGUAGUGCUGAGGUGUUGAUUUUCACAAAGCGUUCAAUAACAGUCACCUCGUGGCCUGAACUGUCUCUUUAGCAGAUCUUAGUAGAAUGUUCAUUGCUACAGAUACAUUUACAUAAUGCAUACUGCAUAUUAUUGGGAAAGGGGGUACACUUUGGGACUCGCAGUCUUUUGGAGGGGAGAGUAUAAGAAUUUUUUCCCACUUUUUCAUAUACAUAUAAAAAACAGUUUACAGUCACAUACUACAGACACACACACAGCUCUUCCAUACCGCUGAGCUUUUUUACGCUCUGUUUCUAUGAGUUUCUGACAGACUUGCAUCCUGUCUCUGUAGAUAUUUUGAGUAAAUGGGGAAGGGUGCUUUGGUACCGUUUACACUGGAUUCGCUCUGCCUGCCGGUACAUACCAACUUCUACUACUUGUCAAGGAAUCAAAGUCUUUAGAACUCGUGUAGCCUGCACUAUGCAGAAACAAAAAAGUUUUUGGCAUGAUUUGAAAUGCAGAAAAUCUUAGAGGAAAAUCUGCUUGAUAAUUAAACCUGCACUAACUUCUUAUUAAAAUAAUCCCCCGAUUGAAAAAAAAAAUCAAACAAAAAACCUGCAUAUAGCUGAUUGUAGUAAAAACAGAUGUGACAAUGAGGAUGAAGUGAAAGGCUUUCAAUAUUGUGCACAUUUAUACUUGCAUGCUGCACACAGAAUGAGCAAUGAGGGGGUUUGACAUGCAAAGCAGCAAAUUUUAUUUUGUUUUGCUGAUGCUUGCAAACUGUGUGGGGUGAAACACUGGAUUCUUAUCGGUGAUUCAUAGAAUAUAUAUUUAUAUAUGGACAUAUAUAUACUACUCUAACGUCCUGGGAGCGAUCAGUGAUGAAUAGCUGCAAACAUCGAUGAUCCUUGAUGAUACAAUAUGAUAUUGUAUUGCUGUAUCUUUGGCUACGAAACACUGUAAUCGAGUGAUACAUGUGUGGGAAAGCUGUUGACUGUUUCCCAAAAUUAUCAAGGAGUUAAAUCAAGUGCAUCCAAAAUAUUAUAAAUUCCACUUUGGUCUAGCUGGGACGGACUGCACUCUGAAGAUUCAGCGAUCAACUCGUCUGAGAGCAGUUUCUGAAUACAUCUUGCUUUAUUUUCGGUGCCCACGGAGUUAAAUCUGUCAACAAUAAAUUUUGCUUAAGUUGUGCUGAAAAGGGGUGUGAUGAAACCUACAAACAAGAAGAUACUCUCAAAUGUUUGGAAAACGGAUUAACAGUCCAUGGAAGUAUGUGGAAUAUUAUUAAUAGUUUCCUGGCAAAUGCAGCACUUUACUCAUAUCAAAUGUGUAAGACAGUUGGAGGGGAAAUGGUUGAGCUCUCAGUUCUGAUUGUGUGAUUGCAUUAUAAAUGGUUGAACUUUAUAGUAUUUCCAAAAUACUUCUUUCAAUAAACCUCUCAGUAUGUCAAGA